GCUGCUUUCUGCUCUCACCAUGACGAGUUUAGAACGUGACAGCAGGAUUGUAUCUGUCGCUGCUGUUGCCUACAGUGCACCUGUUGUGGAUUGGCCAAAGCGGAACUAUCGGACUGCGAAGAAAUAGUGGAAAGUAACGAAAAUAACGAAAAGGUAUCCGAAGGCAGUUAUUCUCCUAGUUUGCUCUUAUUUGUCUAUAAAGUUGUAAAACAUGCACUGUUUGAAAAUAUUACGGGUGACCAACGCAGCGGCUGUGAAAACGUUUGUGACAGACGCCACUAGAAAAGUGAUCAAACAGGGUUGUUAUAACAGUUUAUUACCGGGUUGUCAUCUUACCGUUAAAGUUCAACCGACACAAUGUUUCAACACAAGUUCAGCAGAUCAGCACCGCAUUGGAACAACCUCAAAUAUGGAUCCUGUGCUUCCCAAACUGAGCAGUGAUGGAAAGGGUCUGUUCUCAGGAGUUGAAGAUAUGCUCUUCUACACCAUCACAGAUGGUCAGGAACAAGUCCCUGUCUCACACUUUAUCUCUGCCCUGAAGAAAACUGGUCUUAAUGCAUCAGACCCCCGACUGAAGGACUGUAUGGACAAGCUGCAACGCUCCGUAACGGAAUCCUUUCAUGACGUCAUGAUGGACCGGGAACUCUUCCACAAGUGUGUUGGUGGGAACAUAGUGCUUCUGAUCCAGGCCUUCAGAAAGAAGUUCAUCAUCCCUGAGUUUGAUUCCUUUGUAAAAAAGAUAGAUCAAAUCUACGACACCGUCCAGAAAAACCAUGACGGACAUGUAGCAGUCUACAUUCCCCACCUGGCCAAGUUCAGUCCUGACCUCUGGGGUGUGUCUCUCUGUACUGUGGAUGGACAGAGACACUCAGUAGGAGAAAGCAAGCAGCCCUUCUGUCUCCAGUCGUGUGUGAAGCCUCUGGAGUAUGCUGUGGCUAUUCACGAGGCUGGGACAGAGAAGGUACACCGCUAUGUGGGGAUGGAGCCCAGCGGACUCAAGUUCAACAAGCUCUACCUGGAUGAGGAAGACAAACCCCACAACCCCAUGGUGAAUGCUGGAGCCAUUGUCAUCAGCUCUCUUAUCAAGCCUGGCUCAAACAAGGCAGAGAAGUUUGACUAUGUGAUGGAUUUUAUCAAGAAGAUGGCUGGUCAAGAGUACGUGGGGUUCAGCAAUGCCACGUUCCAGUCUGAAAAAGAAACAGGCGAUAGAAAUUUUGCGAUUGGAUACUACCUCAAAGAGAAGAAGGUCAGUGAGGUAGAGAGUGUAAAACCAAAGGGACAGUACGGUGCAUUCGGAAAGUAUUCAGACCCCUGUUAUGGAGUGAGGGGGUGGGUGUGUGAAGGCCGAUAUCAUCAGUGUUUUCCACGUGGGGCAGAAAUGAUUGAUGCACUGGACUUCUACUUCCAGCUCUGUUCCAUAGAGGUGACCUGUGAGUCUGGGAGUGUCAUGGCCGCCACGCUGGCCCAUGGGGGCAUAUGCCCAAUCACAGGCGAGCGGGUGCUGAGUGCCGAGGCCGUACGGAAUACCCUGAGUCUCAUGCAUUCCUGCGGCAUGUACGACUUCUCUGGGCAGAUGGCCUUCCAUGUGGGCUUGCCUGCAAAGUCCGGGGUGUCUGGAGCGGUUCUGUUGGUGGUUCCUAACGUCAUGGGAGUCAUGUGUUGGUCUCCUCCUUUAGACAAGGUUGGAAACAGUGUCCGGGGAAUACACUUCUGCCAGGAGCUGGUGUCUUCGUUUAACUUCCACAACUAUGACAACCUAAGACACUUUGUCAAGAAGCAGGACCCUCGAAGGCAGGACGGAGAUGAUAGGAACAAGUCUGUGGUGAACUUGAUGUUUGCGGCCUACAGUGGAGAUGUAUCAGCCCUCAGAAGGUUUGCUCUGUCAUCGAUGGAUAUGGAGCUGAAAGACUAUGACUCUAGGACAGCUCUACACGUGGCUGCCGCAGAGGGUCAUGUGGAUGUGGUACGGUUCCUAACAGACACCUGCAAAGUGAACCCCUUUGUGAAAGAUAGGUGGAGCAGCAUUCCCCUGGAUGAUGCCCUGCAGUUUGGCCACGGUGCCGUGGUGAAUGUCUUACAGGAGUACCAGGUGGCCUGCCAGGAACAGGACAGACUACCAGUGGCUGAGAUCAUACCCAUCCCUCCCAAACUAGAGACUGUAGAAGGCAUGGUCUGAACAGGGACCGUAUGGAUCAAGCUCCCCCAUUAGGAGUGCUGAUCUACCAUCAAUUUUGCGUAAUGAAAUAGAUAAUUAUAGACAUUGAGUACCUGAUCCUAGAUCAGCACAACUACUUGAUAAAUCAUUAGGCCCCAAACGGAAGAAAACGUUCUGAAACAUGGAGGGACUUCAAGUCCAAUAACAAACACUCAUAUUAGUUUUCAGUUGCAAAUGGUAGUGUCCGAAGUGGCACUCUAUUUUUUUAGGCCUUUAGUGCAUUCAUUUUGGUUAGUAGUGUGUAUAAGUAAUAGGGAUGCCAUUAGGGAUGCAACCCUACAUGCUUAGAAAAGGUGUCUAGAACCUAAAAGGGUUCUUCGGAUGUCCCUAUUAGAGAACCCUUUGAAGAACCCUUUUUGGUUCCAAGUAGAACUCUUUUGGGGUUCCAUGUAGAACCCUUUGCACAGAGUGUUCUACAAGGCACCCAAAAGGGUUCUACUUGGAACCCAAAAGGGUUCUACUUGGAACCCAAAAGGGUUCUACUUGGAACCAAAAAGGGUUCUACUUGGAACCAAAAAGGGUUCUACUUGGAACCAAAUAUUUUUUUACCUGGAACCAAAAAUAACCCUUAUGGAACCCUUUUUUCUAUGAGUGUAUUGUUAUUCCUUCCACCUUGUCUCUCUGACAUCUCUUGAGUCCCUGGGUGUGUCCCAAUAAUAUCUCCUUCCUCCUGAAGUGUACACUUGUUCACUACGUCCCACAAAUCUAAAAGCAUUGGAUUGGUGGAGGCUAUUGUUACUUCCACAAUAGCAAUUUUGCCAGCUACGUUAUUGGACGGUAUACACACUAUACUAGUAAGCCUAGUUGGACAAGGCUGAAUAUGCACAUGAUCAAAGUUAGAAGGAGCCUAAAUAUUAGUUAUUUAGUGGGAAAUGCAUUGAUUAAAAUAUGACUAAAACUACACAAAAAUGAUCCAGUUUUAGUCGACUGAUAGUUUCUAAAAGGAUGAAAUGGCAAAAAUUGGACUAAGACUAAAAGCUAUUUUAGUCAAAACACAAAAAAUUAAAAUAAAAAAAUGAACACUGCUGGUUACCAGUCUGUGUGCCAUCAAGGCUUAACACGUUUGGCACGACCAGGAGUGGACAUGAUAGCACAAACACAUCUGGGACCAGGCUACAUAUUAACAGGCGAGUUGUGUGUUUUCUUUAGCGAGUGGGCCUUUUUGCUAAUUAACAACACACAGCUGGCCUGUCAAGAAACAGCUUUGUCGUUCUCGUCUGUGCACUUGGUGUUUAUGUGUAUGCUGCAUCAGAGAGUGCCUUUGGCUUUGCGGUUUACCGGUGAAGAUUAGCACGUUGUUGAUACAUUAGCUGACGUUGUGCUACAAGGGCGCAACAGACAGACACUUAAUAAGAUCCAGUAAUAAUGAAGGGUUCUCAGAUAUCACGGUGUCUGUUGUUUCAGUAAUAAUGAAGGGUUCAGAUAUCACGGUGUCUGUUGUUUCAGUAAUAAUGGAGUUCAGAUAUCAUGGUGUCUGUUGUUUCAGUAAUAAUGAAGUUCAGAUAUCAUGGUGUCUGUUGUUUCAGUAAUAAUGAAGGGGUUCAGAUAUCACGGUGUCUGUUGUUUCAGUAAUAAUGGAGUUCAGAUAUCAUGGUGUCUGUUGUUUCAGUAAUAAUGAAGGGGUUCAGAUAUCACGGUGUCUGUUGUUUCAGUAAUAAUGGAGGGGUUCAGAUAUCACGGUGUCUGUUGUUUCAGUAAUAAUGGAGUUCAGAUAUCACGGUGUCUGUUGUUUCAGUAAUAAUGAAGGGGUUCAGAUAUCAUGGUGUCUGUUGUUUCAGUAAUAAUGGAGGGGUUCAGAUAUCACGGUGUCUGUUGUUUCAGUAAUAAUGAAGGGGUUCAGAUAUCACGGUGUCUGUUGUUUCAGUAAUAAUGGAGUUCAGAUAUCACGGUGUCUGUUGUUUCAGUAAUAAUGAAGGGGUUCAGAUAUCACGGUGUCUGUUGUUUCAGUAAUAAUGGAGGGUUCUCAGAUAUCACGGUGUCUGUUGUUUCAGUAAUAAUGAAGUUCAGAUAUCACGGUGUCUGUUGUUUCAGUAAUAAUGGAGUUCAGAUAUCACGGUGUCUGUUGUUUCAGUAAUAAUGAAGGGUUCUCAGAUAUCACGGUGUCUGUUGUUUCAGUAAUAAUGAAGUUCAGAUAUCACGGUGUCUGUUGUUUCAGUAAUAAUGGUGUUCAGAUAUCACGGUGUCUGUUCUUUCAGUAAUAAUGGUGUUCAGAUAUCACGGUGUCUGUUGUUUCAGUAAUAAUGGAGUUCAGAUAUCACGGUGUCUGUUGUUUCAGUCAUGUCUUUGGCUUCAUUGAGUACCUGGGGCUCAGUUCCAAAAUCCGAACUAACAUAUAACUUAUUAACAUACAGUAUAACUUAGAGUGAAGCAAUGUGUUGGGCAUGCAUUCUAAGUGGUGUGCUAGAAUGGACAUUGGGGACGUAACUGGGUUUUAUUAUAUUCAGUUACUUAUUUCUAAAAGUAUGUGCCUUACUUUCUUUACCUUUAUACCUUUUGUAGUUUAUUAGAAAUCAACUGUACGUCCAUGGAUGUUAUACAUGGAUCAAUAAAUGUAGUUUGUCAACAAAUGUGGACUGUUGAAACAGAGAUAUGAGAGAAACUGUGACGUACAGCAUGUCUCUGACGUGAAAUCGAGCACGUCUGCAAACAUUGAAUUAGACUUUGUCUAAAUACUGUAUUUCUCAAACGUAAAUAAGAAAGUGUAUUUCCUAAUACCUGAUUAUUUUAUUGUGGGUAUUCUUUAGCAACACUGUGUGUGUGUUUUAACUUGUUCUUCACCUGAAUUCAUCACCAUUUUUAUGUCGUGGUUAUUAAAAUGUAUGCAAUAUGAAAGAGAUUAUCUAUUAAACAUUUUCAUGUUUUCACCCCCAUGGGUAAUGUUAUGGAAAUAUAUAUAAGGGGAUUUCCUAUGUAGGGAAAAAUAUACUUGUUGACAAUGAAAUUUGUUUUCAAUAGAUCUCAGACUUUGUGUUUUGAUACAGAUGUUUAUUUUCAUUCAGUAUACAGUAGGACAUUUAGCAGAUGGAGAGGUGGAGAUGUUGAGUUCUGAGGCGACGUGACCAGGCCAGUGGCCAGCUCUGUUCACCGUUGUCUUGGUCUCAUUGCCACAUUUCCAAGUCUUGUGUUAUUGUGUUGGAAUAAAUAUGAGAAAGCCAGAAA